UUUACAAACUCUAUUACACUUUAAUUCAUUUUUGUAUUGUUUGUUUAUACACAUGUUUGUUAGUGUGCGUUUAUUUUUCCUAUCUAAGUGACUGUUGUCAAUUGUACAUACAUAUCUUCUAAUUAUCAACCAAUAUGUAGUCCAAAAUCUCAAAUGUAUAUAUUUAGGUAUAUAUAUAUACGCACAGUAAUCGGUAGGAAAAGUAGUUUCAACUUGUAAACUGAUCUAUUAGACACUUGGUAUAUUUCUCUGUUUAUAUCUCGUGUCCGUUUUAAUCUGAUUUACUUUUUCCCAAACGUACUUAAUAUCUGUUAAUUAAUUCUGGAAAUAAUAUCAACAAAUUGAUUAUACAUAAUAUAACCAUCUUUGAGGAGAUAGAGUGAGACAUAGAAAGAGAGAGAGACAACAAGCGAUAGAGAAGUUGAGAUUUUUUUAAAUAAUGCGGAUUAAAAUAUUAUGCAAUUUAUCAAACUAUACAUCUUAUCAUAAUCUCAUAUAUCUUCUGAUAUUACUUAUAUGCAUACUAUCCUGUACAGUCAAUUUAGUCUCAAGUGAACGAGUUGUACGUAUUCGAAGACAAGAUGAUGGUGUAUUAGAUGAAGAUAUAUCAGCGAGUGGUGGAGACGAUGAUAUACCAGAAACUACUCCAAUACCAUCGAGUGUUAAAGGUCCCGGACCAUUUUUGCAGCCAAAUAUAGUAACAGGUCCUCGAGGGGCUCCGGGUGAACCUGGUCCACCUGGACCAUCAGGACCUAUUGGACCACCAGGAAAAAUCGGUGAACCCGGGCCACCGGGGCCAGCUGGAGAAGAUGGUGCACGUGGACCACCAGGUCCAUCUGGUGAUCCAGGAAUCGAUGGUAAACCAGGUAUAGAUGGUGAACCUGGUCUACGUGGAACUCCAGGUCCACCAGGACCAGUUGGUCCAAUGGGUUUAAUUGGAUCUACAGGUCCACCAGGCCCAAUGGGUAUACCUGGUCUUAAAGGUAUAAAAGGUUCCCCAGGUAUUGAUGGACCAAUGGGUGAAAGAGGUGAAGUUGGUCUUCCAGGUCCAUUUGGUCCACCUGGACCUAAAGGACCACUUGGAUUACCUGGUGCUCAAGGCCCAGUUGGUCAAAUGGGUACACAAGGACCAGAUGGAUUUCCCGGGCUUAUAGGUUCUAUGGGUCCUCAAGGACCUCCAGGACCCUCUGGAAUGAUUGGACCAGUUGGUUUAAAAGGUGAUGAAGGACUUCAAGGUGCACCAGGUUCUCUGGGUGAUCCUGGUGAUCCAGGUUUAGAUGGAAGUCCAGGAGCUGAUGGUGAACCUGGACCGAUGGGUCCUACUGGUAAGGAUGGAUCGCCAGGAUUGAAAGGUGAAAGAGGAAUUCCAGGCCCUAUGGGACCUCAAGGAACUCCCGGCCCAAGAGGAUUGUCUGGAGGACCAGGUUCACAGGGGACACCCGGAGAGAAAGGGGCUGAAGGAGCUCCAGGACCACAAGGACCUACAGGUCCAGCUGGACCAAUGGGACCACCUGGAGAGCCUGGUGAUAGAGGGCUAUAUGGUCCAAUGGGAGAUAUAGGAAAGCCUGGUCCACGAGGUCCACCAGGUGAAACUGGACCAAAAGGAGACACAGGGGUGAUUGGUGCUCAAGGGAUGCCUGGAAAUCCUGGAUUAGAUGGGCUACCUGGAAUACCUGGAGAAGCGGGUAGUGAUGGAGAAAUGGGAAGACAAGGUAUGCCCGGUCCACCGGGAUUACCUGGGCCAUCCGGACGAGACGGUGAACCUGGUCCGAGGGGUUUUCCAGGUUCAAAGGGUCAAGACGGCUCUCAAGGUGUACGUGGGGUGAUAGGACCAAGAGGCCCUUCAGGAAAGGAUGGGGAUGAUGGUGAAAUGGGUCCAGCAGGACCACCAGGACCUGCAGGACCACCUGGCCCAUCUGGACCACCGGGUGUACGUGGUGGUCGAGGCUCAUCUGGUGAGCCAGGUGAUCCAGGUCCUUCAGGUCCACAAGGUAGUCGUGGUGCAACUGGUGCUCGUGGCCGUCGUGGGAAAGUUGGAGUUGCUGGUAGUCCUGGAAGUAUUGGCGGUAUUGGAGAUAGAGGUCCACCUGGUCCAAUUGGACCAUCAGGUCAACCUGGUCCUAUUGGACAACCAGGCCAACCAGGUGGUAAAGGUCCAACUGGAAGAGAUGGAAAACAAGGUACAGAUGGAAAGCCAGGAACUCAAGGGCAAGUUGGUUUACCAGGCCCAAUUGGUGAACGUGGUGCUGCUGGUGAAGAUGGUGAACAAGGUUAUCCCGGUGUACAAGGUCCCAAAGGUGAAGUUGGUUCACAAGGCAUACCUGGACGUACUGGACCAGCUGGUCCACCAGGAGUUCGAGGUGGUUCGGGUCAAAUGGGUUUAAGAGGAACAAAAGGUCCACGUGGUCCACCGGGAGAAGAUGGACCACCUGGAAAAGACAGUGCACCUGGUGAACCAGGACCACCGGGUGAACCAGGUCCACGAGGACCAAUUCAAGUUCAAGGUUAUGAUAAUGGUAAAGUUGUCGGUCCACAAGGAGCGAAGGGUUUACCAGGAUAUCCUGGACCACGUGGAAGACCAGGAAUACCAGGAGCUCCUGGUGAUCCAGGACCUAUUGGAGAAGCAGGAGUACCAGGUGAAGACGGUCCACCCGGUCCUGACGGUCCACGUGGAAAAGAUGGAAUUGAUGGAGCACCUGGUCGACCAGGAAAAUCAGGUAAACCUGGUCAGUCUGGAGCUGUUGGAGCUCAAGGACCACCUGGAAAACCUGGAGAAGCUGGAUAUGCUGGUCCACCAGGACCAUCGGGAAUUCCUGGCCCUUCUGGUGAACCUGGUCUACCUGGAAUAGAUGGUAUUAACGGAACUGCUGGUGCCCAAGGAGCUCCUGGCAACCCAGGUGCACAAGGAGCACGUGGUGCUGCUGGGCCUCCAGGAGUUGAUGGUGCUAAAGGUCCACCUGGGGAUGAAGGACCAACUGGUCCGAGAGGUCAAGCUGGUCCAAGAGGAACUCAAGGAAAAGACGGACUCCCUGGACUUCAGGGGAAAAUGGGUGCUCCUGGAAGACCAGGGGCAAGAGGAUCAGCGGGAGUUAUGGGAGUUCCAGGACCACAAGGGAAGAUAGGACCUGCAGGAAAAGAGGGACCAGAAGGACCGUCUGGUCCUGUUGGACCACCUGGGCCACCAGGGACAGAUGGAGAGGUAGGUGGUGUAGGGCCAGUGGGAGAAGCUGGGUCCCCAGGACAACAAGGUCUUCCUGGAGAACGCGGACUUCAAGGUCCACCAGGUCCCGGAGGAGAACCAGGCCCACCAGGGCCUAGUGGUCCUUUAGGAAUACCAGGACCAGAUGGACCAAGUGGACCUAGAGGUGAAGUAGGUGAUCCUGGAGUAGAUGGUGCGCCAGGGGGAAAAGGCGAAGAUGGACAACCUGGACUUCCUGGACGACCUGGAAAAGAUGGAUCCCCAGGAAGACAAGGGAAGUCUGGACCACAGGGCCACAAAGGUUGGACAGGCCCUCCAGGUGACCCUGGUCUUCCUGGCAUAGCCGGACAACCUGGUCAACCAGGACUUCGAGGAUAUCGUGGACUUUCCGGCUUACCGGGGGAAGUCGGACCUGUCGGUGCCCCAGGACCUCAAGGUGAGGCUGGAUUCGUUGGCGAACCAGGUCCCCCUGGUGGACCUGGACCUAUUGGAAGAGAUGGACCACGAGGACCUCCUGGACAUAUGGGAAGCGAAGGACCUCCUGGACCUCCUGGGCCUCCAGCUAUGAGUUAUGGAAAGAUGUAUGGAGAUCAAAAAGGCAUCACUUUAGAAAUGCCCAAUGGUACACGCAGUUUUCCAGCAAGGUCAUGUAAUUAUUUAUCGCGUACACAUCCAAGACUACCAGAUGGUGAAUAUUGGAUUGAUCCUAAUGGAGGCUCAAAUAAAGAUGCUGUUAAGGUAUUUUGUCGAUUGAGCUCGGGUGAAACGUGUUUCUCGCCUUUAACUUCUUCCUAUCAACAACAACAAAACAAUAAUACCGAUACACACAAAAAGAAAUAUUCUGAUCAACAAGAUAUUUGGUUCAGUCAAUUAUAUGACGAAAAACAGUUUACCUAUAAUAUGGAAAUGAAUCAGAUCAACUUUUUACAACUCUUAUCAUCGAAAGCUAAUCAACAAUUAACAUUGGUGUGCAAUAAGAUUAUUUUCAAUGAUGAAAAUCUGCCACGUUUAUUUACAAACAAUAAUAAGGAAUUAACACAAAAUGGAGCGAUUCUUCGUUAUAAUUUACUGGAAAACGGUUGUCAGGUAAUUAGUAUUCAUAUUAUUAUUUGUGGACAUUGUUGAAUUAUUUGGAGAUAGUGUAAACUAUGGAUAAAAUUUGGUCAAAGAACAAUUAAGAAUUAACAAGUACUGGGAUAGUUGUAGAAUCCUUCACAUACCUGGGAAGUAUCAUCGAUGAACAAGGAGGCUCAGAUGCAGAUGUAAAGGUAAGGAUUGGCAAAUCAAGGACCGCAUUCCUACAAUUGAACAACAUAUGGAACUCAAAACAACUUUCAACCAAUAUCAAAGUCACAAUCUUCAAUAUCAAUGUCAAGACAGUUCUACUAUAUGGAGCUGAAACUUGGAGAACUACUACAAUCACCAUCAAGAAGGUACAAGUAUUUAUAAAUAGCUGUCUUCGCAAGAUACUCAACAUCCAUUGGCCGGAUACCAUCAGCACUAGCCUUUUGUGGGAGAGAACAAAUCAGCUUCCAGCUGAAGAAGAAAUUAGGAAAAGAUGAUGGAAAUGGAUGGGACAUACAUUGUGGAAAUCAUCAAACUGCAUCACGAGACAUGCACUAACUUGGAAUCCUGAAGGGAGGCGGAAAAGAGGAAGGUCAAAGAACACAUUACGUCGAGAAAUAGAAUCAGAUAUGAGGAUGAUGAAUAACAACUGGAAGAAUUACCCAGGACAGGGUUGGAUGGAGAAUGCUGGUGAGCGGCCUAUGCUCCUUCACGAUUAGUAACAGGCGUAAGUAAGUAAGUAUGGGACAAUUGUUUUAUCUUGGUAUGAGACAGUAGUUAUGACCAGUGGAAUUCGAUAAUGUUGGAAGUAAGAUGGAUAUCAUCAGUGACAGUAAAUGAUGACUUAUAAUAUCGAAAACCGACUAGAGUUAUAAGUGAAGACCACUAGAUGGUAUCUUGAUAGUUCUAUUGGCUCAGCCUUCUCCACAACAUAUGAAGGCUCUAGAUUUUAUCCUUGGUGGGAUUUUAGAUAAACACUGCUGAGGAACUCAGUACUAGGACGAAAAAGCUGUUUAAUCCUUUCUAGUUAUUAGUGACCAAAGUUAAUCCUUGAUGUAUACAGGUAAUUUUCCUCACGAACUACGUUACUCCAUUCAAUUUUUGGAUCAAUUCAUUUAUGAACAAAUAUAGUAUCAUAUAAAACUGAACUUACAUAAUUUGUAUGUUCAGUACUAAGCAUACCAUUACAGCGCCACUAAAUUGUAAAAAGUCAAAUGAUAUACAUUCUUUAACUAAAGUUAAUAUCGAGGAUCAUUUUAUUUAAAUAAGCUUUUAUUCAUCAUUACAUGGUCAUCUAAACUUCCAUUAUUUUAAAAAUCAUCAAUCAGCAGUUUCACCACAAUAAUAUUCAUGAAAAAAUAUAAUUUAAAUAUGACUCCAAUUCAGUAGUUUUAAGAUUAAUCAGCCAUUCUGUGUACCGAGGGUCCUAGAUUCAAUCCAGAGAGUACAUUAAACAGCAGUUCUAUACAGUAAGAUGUAACAGUCAUUCACUAAUGUAUCCAGAAGAAUUUAAACGGUGAUUAGUUACUAAUGAAGACAAACAUACACUUUAUGCAUCAUGUUUGACAUGGACUAAAUGUUUAUUCUAAACGACACCGAACUCUAUAUUUGUGUUAUAAAAACUUUUAGUCAUCUAUACCUGGUUACCAAUUAAAACUGUAGGACAAAUGUACUGUAAUUGUGUAAUUCAACGAAUGUCAAGUCAUCACAUUGUUUGUAAUUAUUCGUUGAAUUAAAAUAUAAUUAAUCUAACUUAUUCUUUAUCAUAAACACAUUAUUAUAAUAUUUCGUUUGUUACCAUAGUUAUUUUUCCUUUCUUUUUGAAAAAAAAAACACAAUUACUAAUUCAAAAGUCAACAAAAUCUACAUUUGGAAAGAUAACAAUUGAAGUGAAUACACGACCGCAUCGUUUACCAUUACGUGAUAUAAUUUUACCAAAUGCUAUUGAUUCACAACAAAUUCUUGGUUUGGAAUUAGGCAGAGUAUGCUUCCAAUAGGAAAAUACAACAUUUAUACUUAACAAUAUUGAUAAUAAUGAUUAUGAUGAUGUUAAUUUCUGUGUAUGAGUCUUCUAAAUUUCUAUAAAAAUAAUAAAUAAAGUACAAUGUAUGAAGU